CCAAAGACUUCUGAACCAGCUAACUGGACUUUUUACAAUGGAUCAGCAAGAUAAAGAUUCCAGAAGCCACCUAUUAAGGCAGCGACAACCUUCACAUUUAAGGGGUUCCUCUCUCCCCUCGACGGCCCAGGGGGAUCACAGGCGCCAGGACUUUGGGCCCCACUUCCCUUCCUCGCCGGACCCACCUGGAGAACAGAGGCGGGGCUUGGCGGAAGGUCAGCAGCCGUCAAGGUCUCCGGCAACUUGGGCGUUCCCCGCGUCCCCGGGCGCACUCCCUCCGCUCGCCCGCGUUCCAGAGGCUCCUGCCAGCAGCCGGCGCGGCUGGCUCAGUCCCGCGGAAACCAUGGCCAAGUCCAGGGCUCGUCAGUACCUUUGGUUGUGCGUGGUUGCAGCGUUGGCAUCUUUCCUGGGUGGAUUUACGGUGGGCUGGUUUAGUAAACCUCUCAAAGUAGCAGUCACUUCAACGGACUCUCCCCAAAACUUAAGGUCGCAACUGUUAUCUGAGAUGAAAGCUGAAAAUAUUAAGUCAUUUCUUCGUUCUUUUACAGAGCUCCCGCAUCUGGCAGGGACAGAGCAAAAUUUACUGCUUGCCAAGAAAAUCCAAACCCAGUGGCAGAAAUUUGGACUGGAUUCAGCCAAGCUGGUUCACUAUGAUGUUCUUCUGUCUUAUCCUAAUAAGACAAAUGCCAACUAUAUAUCAGUCCUGGAUGAACAUGGAGUUGAGAUUUUCAAAACAUCAUACCUGGAGCCGCCACCAGAGGGUUAUGAGAAUGUUAAAAAUGUUGUACCGCCAUAUAACGCUUUUUCACCCCAAGGCAUGCCAGAGGGAGAGCUUAUAUAUGUGAACUAUGCUCGUACAGAAGACUUUUUCAAGCUAGAGAGAGAGCUGAACAUCAAUUGCACUGGAAAGAUUGUUAUUGCAAGAUAUGGGAAAAUCUUCAGAGGAAAUAAAGUUAAAAAUGCCAUGUUAGCUGGAGCCAAAGGAAUCAUCUUAUACUCAGAUCCAGCUGACUACUCUGCCCCUGGGGUACAGCCGUAUCCCAAAGGAUGGAACCUUCCUGGAACGGGAGUCCAGAGAGGAAAUGUGUUAAAUUUAAAUGGUGCUGGUGACCCGCUCACUCCAGGCUAUCCAGCUAAAGAGUACACCUUCAGACUUGAUGUUGAAGAUGGAGUGGGAAUCCCCCAAAUCCCUGUGCAUCCCAUUGGAUAUAAUGAUGCAGAAAUAAUACUACGCUACUUAGGAGGAACUGCUGCCCCAGAUGAGAGCUGGAAGGGAAGUCUUAAUGUGGAUUACAAUAUCGGCCCUGGCUUUGCAGGGCAUGAUACUUUCAGGAAGGUUAAAAUGCAUGUUCAUAACAUCAAUCAAAUCACAAGGAUUUACAAUGUGAUUGGAACUAUCAAAGGAUCUGUGGAACCUGACAGGUAUAUUAUUCUGGGAGGUCAUCGAGACUCCUGGGUAUUUGGAGGUAUUGACCCAACCAGUGGGGCUGCUGUUUUGCAAGAAGUUGCCCAGAGUUUUGGAAAACUGAUGAGUAGAGGAUGGAGACCAAGAAGAACCAUCAUUUUUGCCAGCUGGGAUGCAGAAGAGUUUGGACUUCUGGGUUCCACAGAAUGGGCUGAGGAGAAUGUAAAAACACUCCAGGAGAGAGGUGUUGCUUAUAUCAACUCAGAUUCAUCUGUAGAAGGCAAUUAUACUCUCAGAGUUGACUGUACACCCCUUCUUUACCAACUGGUGUAUAAACUAACAAAAGAGAUCUCCAGCCCUGAUGAUGGUUUUGAGAGCAAAUCUCUUUUUGAAAGCUGGUUGAAAAAGGACCCUUCAUCUGAAAAUAAAAACCUGCCUAGAAUCAGCAAGCUGGGAUCUGGAAGUGAUUUUGAAGCUUAUUUUCAGAGACUUGGAAUUGCUUCAGGCAGAAUCCGUUACACUAAGAAUAGGAAAACAGAUAAUUACAGCAGCUAUCCAGUGUACCAUACAAUUUAUGAGACAUUUGAAUUGGUAGAGAACUUUUAUGACCCCAAAUUUAAAAAACAGCUUGCUGUGGCUCAAUUGCGAGGAGCACUAGUUUAUGAGCUUGCAGACUCUAAAAUCAUUCCUUUCAAUAUACAAGACUAUGCAAAAGCUUUGGAAAUCUAUGCAACAAGUAUCUACAAAUUAUCCAAGAAACAUGACCAAGAAUUUAGACACUAUGGAGUAUCAUUUGAUUCCUUAUUUUCUGCUGUGAAAAACUUCUCAGAGGCUGCUUCAGAUUUUCAUAGAAGACUUUCACAAGUUGAUCUUAAUAACCCUGUUGCCGUGAGAAUCAUGAAUGACCAGCUGAUGCUCCUGGAAAGAGCGUUCAUCGAUCCUCUUGGUUUACCAGGCAGACCCUUCUACAGGCACAUCAUCUUUGCUCCAAGUAGCCACAACAAAUAUGCUGGAGAAUCGUUUCCUGGCAUCUAUGAUGCUAUGUUUGAUAUUGACAAUAAAGCAGAUGCUCAUUCAGCCUGGAAAGAAGUAAAGAAACACAUUUCUGUUGCAGCUUUUACAAUUCAAGCAGCAGCAGGGACUCUGAAAGAAUUCUUAUAGUAAGAUCUUAGCCAAUUGGCUGCCAUUAAAAGUCAGAGAAUAAAAUCCAUCUUUCUUUUUGAUAAUGCAUGAAGCUGGAAUAUGCCAGAAUCUUGCUUUUCAUGUCAUUUUGACCUGAAACUUCCAUCUUGUUCAUCUGCAAAGAGUUUUGGCUUUUUGAAAAUUCUUAACUUCAUCAUCAAAGUGUGAUGAUCUAAUAAAGCAAGAAAAAAACGCCAGUCAUGUCAGAAAGAGGUAAGGUAAAUGAAAAUUCCUUAAAGUAUAACAUGGCAAGGAACCUGAAUUCUUCAGAUGGCAGAGAUGGAAAAAGCUAGCACAACCACUUGGGAAAGCAGUCUGGCACUUUCUUAUAAAGUGAAUUAUAUACUUACAUUAUAGCUCCCAAAUCCUACUUUCCAGUAUUUACUAAGAAACAAAAAUAUGAUCACCAGAAGACUCUUACAUGCAUGUUCAUAGCAGCUUAAGGUGGAAAUAAUGCAAAUAUCCAUCUACAAAUGAAUGGAUAAACUGUGGUAUGUACACAAGGGAGUCCUCAGAAGAAAAAAAAGAAAUACUUGCCACUAGAUGUAAUAUUAUUUGCAGACAUUGUUCCAGGAAGAAAGUCAGACGCAAAAGACUGCCUUAGUAUGAGUCUAUUUACAUGAGGAAACAAAACUACAGAUUAGACCAGUGAUUGCCUGGGUCAGUUAGGGGGAAGGGAGAUGUGCUGCAAGGAGGCAUAAGGAACCUCUCUGGGGUGUGUUUGCUGGAUCAUGAUCUGGGUGAUGGUUAUGCAAGUAUAUACAGUUGUAAAAACGCAUCAAACUGUAAACUUAAAAUGUGUAACAAUAAAUUAAUAAAUUUCAUUACCAAAAAAAAAAAA